AUAGUUAUAUUAUUUAUUUCAACUCCUUUUCUUAGCUGCCACUUUCAUUUUCUUUGCCUUCACUUCAUUCAUAGUUGAAGGAAUAAUAAUGGGAAGACACUCUUGCUGUUACAAGCAGAAGCUUCGGAAGGGUCUAUGGUCUCCUGAAGAGGAUGAAAAGCUUCUCAGGCAUAUCACUAAGUACGGUCAUGGAUGUUGGAGCUCUGUUCCUAAGCAAGCAGGUUUGCAGAGGUGUGGUAAGAGUUGCAGGCUUAGGUGGAUUAAUUACUUAAGGCCUGAUUUAAAGAGAGGUACAUUUUCUCAGGAGGAAGAAAAUCUCAUCAUUGAACUUCAUGCUGUGUUAGGGAAUAGAUGGUCUCAGAUUGCGGCGCAGCUUCCGGGGAGGACAGACAAUGAAAUCAAGAAUCUGUGGAAUUCAUGCUUGAAGAAGAAGCUGAGGCAAAGAGGCAUAGACCCUGUUACACACAAGCCAUUAUCUGAGAUAGAGAAUGGAUUGUCAGAGGAGAAAGAGAAAGCAUUGUCCAAUGAUAAUGAAUUGAACUUGUUGAGAUCAGAGAGUUCCAAUAAGUCUGAUGGAGCUUCUUCCUAUGAUCAUCAACAACAACAACAACAACAAGGAUUUGUUCCAACAACAACAGAGAUGGAAGGUUCUUCUUCCACUAACAAGGACAUGUUCCUUGACACUACAAGGUUCAUGGCUAACACUUGCUCAGAUUUUAUGGGGAACUACAACAUGAGUUAUGCAUCAUCAUCUUCCAAUGUCACUGUCACCGACAACAACAAUUGGUUCACACAAACAUCAAGGCCUUCUUUUGAUAUCAACUCAGAUUUCCUACCUGCUUCCUUUUGCUACAAGCCAGAAUCUCUCAAGAACACCAACAUGCUUUCUUCUUCUUCUUCUUCAUGGGGAUUGAUCACAGAUUGCAGCAUGGAAGAAGCAGAAGAGGCAAAGUGGUCUGACUAUCUUCACAAUCAAAUGUUGAUGCUUGCAGCUGUUCAGAACAACAACAACAACAACAACCAAGCUUCUUUAUGCAAUGAGAUAAAGCCUCUUCCUUCAACCACCACAGUAACAACACCACCACCACCACAUUUGGUUCCUGAUACUUUAGGAGCUAUUAUCAUGUUACCUCAUUCCAAGAAUCAACAUCACCAUACAUCACAAACUUCUUCUACCACCACCUUUUCCAAGGAUAUCCAGAACCUAACAGCAGCCUUUGGACAUAUAUAAUCAUAUCACCCUCCUCUCCUCUUCUUAAUUUUACACAAACACACAGAAAGAGAAAAAGAAGAUUCCAUUGGGUUGGUGUUUAAUUUCUUAGUACAGGUUUGUGUGUGCAACCACAGAUUUUUGGAUUUGUACAUAGGUUCUGUCACAAAACAAAAAAAGAAAGAACAUUUCUUUCUUAUCUUUCACCCUCUUCUUCAACUUGGUAAUAUUUGUGAGCCAAAACCAAUUUGUCUUUCUUUCUUUCUUUUUUAACUUGUGGGGUGGUGUGGGUAGAAAUUUGAGGAAUAAGGAUUGCUCUGCUUCUUCAUUCUACUCUUUUGUUUUCAUACACUGUAAGUGCAUUAUUAUAUAUAUAUUACAAUGCUUCAUUUCCAUAUCUAUGCCAUCACAAA